GCAGGAGGAGAUCCAAGGUUAGAGCUUAGGUGAGUUGGUGAACUUUGGGGAAGCUAGAGAGGCUUGUAAAAGUGCUAGAUGGAUGCCUACCCGUCCAAUUUGGUGUCUUAUAGGACACUGGUUAGAGGAUUAUGUGAUCAAGGAAUGUAUGAAAAAUGCUCAAGCUAGGGUUUUCUAUCCAUUUUUCGUGUAUUCAUACAUUAGUAAUGGGAUUUUGCGGCCUUGGCAAAAUUGUAAGAAUCAUAACACAAUGCAUAUUGAGGCUGAUGCUGCGAGAAGCCCACCAAUCCCAUCUCACCCGCCCAUUACUAUCGAAAACGACCCUUCAAUGAUGGCUUCACUUUCCGGCUGGUUUUCAUUGCCUCCAUCGCUCUGCUCUCCAUUUGGGCAAACCAUGCAUGAAGCCACCAAGGGGUUCGCCGUUACGGUGGUCAACGAUGCCGGCGGCACCGCUGCUGGAAGACGCUUUUCUCUCUUCUACGAGUCCGACGAUCGCGCCACCCGAGUAAUCCUCGACAGAAGCAAGUACGUGGAAGAUUUAUUGCCUUUUUGCCCAACGAAGGGAAUCGACCACGUCGUCCUCCGGCUGUCCCGCCGGAACUUGACAAGCCCGGUGGUGAUCGAGUCCGGCGAGCGCGGCGAAUUCGUGAUUCACAUAUGCCCUUCAGUUGUGGCCGGCCCAAACUUUGAGCUCGCAACGUUUUUAGCAGUGCAGCGUGGCAUGGCACAUAUAUGGCUAUGGGAUUGCCAUGGUAAUAACUCGGAGCAGACUAGAGCUAUAAAUGGGGUUGUUGAUUGCAUUGCUAGUUUUGCUGGAGCGCCGCCACACUCUGGUGGUGCUGAGCAGCCGGAUUACUCUGUCUCCGGUUGUUGGAUGGGUGGCAACUGGUUAGGAUAUUCGAAGAUUGGUUUGUGAAGAUGUACGACUUGAGCUGAAACGAAAAAAAGACCCUUAAAUUCUUAUCUCUAAUGGCUUAAUAAAUUAAAUUAAAGUGCGGCGGCAGUGUAGCUCUCCUCCCAAAAAAAGAUUGUGAGAUCCUCCUCUUCCCCGAGCUUUCUCCUUUUCGAUUUUUCCUCUUAGGUAAGAAGUAAGAACCUAGCUUACACUAAAGAUCAAAUUCAUUC